GUUGGUGGGAAGACCAGGCAGGUGGGCAGCCACACGAGGAAACAGCCUCAGAGAGCUGAUUCCUUGCAUGUGGCGCCUGCACUGUACUAACAGGCCUGUGGGCUGGAGGGGAUGUUCGAAGAGAAAGUUCCAGAUGAGAGCAGAGGGCAUGAAGGGGUCCUGGGGAUGCCACACGCAGCCUGUGUGACCUUGAGCCCAGUCCUGUCCCCCCCACCGCUGAGCCCCAGGUUUCUCACUGCCAGAAAAGAGACAACCCAGGGGUGCUGGAGAGCUGGGCAGGGAAGCCCAGAGGGCCUGGGCCUGCCUGACCCGGGGGCAGCUCAUGGGCUUCUGCCACAGAGUGCUGGAGGAUCUAGGCCUUAUGUCACCCGUCACCUUAUGUCACCCAUCAGCAAGGUCACCUUACCCAGGCUCUGGUGGUUCCUGCAAGCUGCUGGGCUCAGGACCCCAGGAUGCAGGUGCCUCUUGGCCUUUCUGAGCCCCUCAGUAGUCCUCGGGUUGGGCUGAUUCCCUGCACCCACUGCCCAUCCUAGCAUGCCCAGGGCCUUUCUAGGGAGGAUAUCCCCAGGGCAGGAAGAAUAGUUAGGUGCCCAUCAGCAGGGAAAGGAGGGUAUCAGAGGACAAGGGGCUCUUUCCCAGCCGUGUACAGCUGACCAGUGGCCGUGGCCGGCACUUCUAUCCACAGUCAUCGGCUGGAGCAACAGUGUGCCCCCAGGGUCACAGGAGCAUGGCAGAGGGGCCGAGUGUGCAGACAAGCCUCGGUAGAGAUGGGCAAGAGGGACCAUGAGUCACCCCAGGGCCAGAAGCAGCAGGAAGCUACUGUCCUGGGCCUGGCAGGGCAGACAGGAGGAACAGUGACCAGAGAUGGCUGGGGGAGCUGGCCCAUAGAACCUGGGGCCCUUCCAGAGGGACACGGCACCUCCAACCCAGCCCUGCAGUCAGGGUGCUGGAGAAGGAAACAGCUGGGCCAGGGCAGGGUGCAGAGGGGUCUGGGUAGCUGAGCCAGCUGGAGGUGCCGAGUCCUCACCCCUCCUCCUGUGCAGGGGCUGCUGAAAGCCAUGUGGUCCCCAACUUCCUUGCACCUGAAGUUCCAAGCUGUGGAUUAAAUAUGGUCCUGUUGAGAAAGCCCAUGGCCAUCUGAGGUCCCCACUGGCCUCCAGACCCCUUCCCUAGAGAAAGCAACCCCGGGGCGGCUUCCUAGCAGCUGCUCUUGCCAUGGGCAGCACUCGCUGCUGAUCUGUCUGGGAUGCGCUGAUCCAGGCCUGUCUCCCCCAUGGACUGCAGGCCGCAGGAGGGAGGACAGGCCUCCAGGAAGUGGGCCCCUGCUCUGGCCUCCCUCUGUAAGGCAUGAGGCAUAAUCUGGGGCCUGAGGACUUCCCAGGCCUCAUUCUGGGGGUAGCUGAAAAACAGCCUCCUCAGGGAGAAUGGCUCCACCCUGGGCAGGCUGUGUCCUCCCGAGGCAGAAAGAAGGACAAAGGGAGUGGGCGGGGCCAUUUGGGAGGCCCAGAUUGGAAUCUGCCCAGCCCUGAGCCUCACUGGCCCCCAGGAGCCCCGUCACUGUUGACUGAAGGCCCACAGAGCCUCCCUGCCUGCUGAAGUCAUAUAAAGCCUCCCUGAGGCCUGCUUCCCCCACCCGCCUGUGACCAUGAAGGCUGUCCUCCUUACCCUGCUGGCCAUUGGCUUGGCCCUCCAGCCAGGUACCGCCCUCCAGUGUUACUCCUGCACGGCCCAGAUGAGCAACAGGGACUGCCACAACGUGGAGAACUGCACCCAAGGCCAGACCCAGUGCAAGACGGAGCGCAUCCGUGCAGUUGGGCUCGUGACCGUUAUCAGUAAGGGCUGCAGCUCGAACUGUGUGGAAGAUGCGGAGAACUACUACGUGGGCAAGAAGAACAUCACGUGCUGUUCCACGGAUCUGUGCAAUGCCAGUGGGGCCCACGGCCUGCAGCCAGCCACUGCACUGGGGCUGCUCGCCACGCUUGGCAGCCUGCUGCUGUGGGGGCCCAGCCAGCUGUAGGCUCCAGGAGGGUCCACAGCCAAUGCCGUGUCCCUGACCUCAUGACCUGGCAGAGGUCUAACCCUCACCCUGCUCCCCACCUCCACAGCUCCCCCUGGGACUCCUGCCCGGUGCCUGCCUGCCCAGCAGGCUGGACUGCAGUGCCUUAGAACAGCCUGCAGCGGCUCCUCUGCAGGCCUCGGCUGCUGCUGUUGCCACAGCCCAUGUUUUGGCCACCUUUGCUCAGGUGCCUCCUCUAGGAAGCCUUCUCUGCCCUCUCCUCCAGGACUGAGCCAGGGCCCUCCAAGGCUGAGAUGAGAUGCGCUGGGUAGCAGUCGGGCUGGGAGGGUCACAAGGCCCUGGGAUCUAGAUGAGGCAGGCAGGGAGGGACGAGCCCCCCGUUCAUGGACAACCUGGGAGCAGCCUGGCAUACAGUAUGCUCUUAAUAAACACCUGUUGGGCAAGCUGCA